AUGGCACCCAAGCGGAGAAGUCAGAAAUUGUACCUGCCGGAAGAAGUUUGGGUGGAGAUCCUCUCAAGGCUCCCUGUGAAAACCCUUCUUCGAUUCAAGUGCGUAUGUAGCCAAUGGCGGACCAUAAUCUCAUCUCCUUCCUUCGCCUCUUUGCACCUCAGCCACUCAAUUUCGAAUCCAACAAGGCAUUCCAUCCUUGUUUUUGAUCAAUACGAAGACCAAUUUAUGUCCUUCGAUCCUGUCACCUUUUCUCCAAUCAAAAAUUUCAAUGCUGGGCUGGAUCGGGCCAACUGUUUUGGCUCUGAAAUUAUGUGUGUGGGCUCAACCAAUGGCGUUCUCUGCAUAAUUGAUGAAUCAGGUAGGAUCUGGCUAUGGAAUCCUUCCACCAGACAGUACAGGAAACUCCCACCUGGUAUAAAUGAUCGUUCAACUUUUCUUUCCAUGGGGUUUGGUCGCGAUCCCGUUUCUAAUGAUUACAAGGUUGUAAUCAUUGGGUUUAGAUAUAUAAGAGAAGGGGAACAUGGAACCUGGGUUGAGGUGUGGUCGUCCAAUUUAGAGUCUUGGAGGGAGAUUAAAGUUGAUUACUGUUUUCGCUGGGGGAUAUCAGUUUGUGAUGUGAUAGUGGAGGGGUCUGUUCACUGGUUUGUCAUGGAUGCUUCCAGGGGGAGUAGAGGAAGAAUGUUAGUUGCUUCAUUUGACAUGAGAACUGAGGAACUAGGGGUGAUUCCGUUGCCUGAAUCCAAGCACAAUUAUAUAUUUUCUGGAUUCAAUUGGAAUGAAAAAUUUGCUUUGACAACAUGUGAUAACCAUCGGAAGUACAGGAGAAUAUAUCAAGUGUGGACGAUAGAAAGGGAUAGUGUUGGGAAGGAAUCUUGGAGUAAGAAAUUUACAUUUGAACUUAAUGUUGGAAGCGUUGCACAAUGUCGAUCCAUGCUAAACGCUGUAAAUGGAAAAGUGGUACUGGAUAAAAGUGGGAAACUGAUCUUUUAUGAUGUAGAAACCAGAAAAAUGAAGACAGUUGGAACUCAUGAAGAUGAAUUCUUCCCACUUGGGGCUUAUUCUUACGUGGAGAGCUUAGUCUCAAUCAAGGGGUUUAAUCCCCUCGGAGAAGACGCAAAAGAAGAUGUAGUCAACGAGAACUAA